AUGUCGUCUGCACCAAAGAAGACAACCUACUUCUCAAAUGGGGAGCUCCUUGAGACCCCCCCGGUGACCGUGCGGCUCAGCCGCUUCAUCGAAAGCAUCUACUUCUUCUUCGGCCUGUACUUCACCAGCCUGUUCGCACUCGACUCCUACGCGGCCGCCCAGAACUCCUCCUUCAACGUCAAGAAAAGCGGAAACCAGUAUAACACUCGCUCCCGCUGGGGAGGUUCAUCAUCUUACGGAGGAGGCGGCGGUGGUGGUGACGGUCCGGGAUCUGGUCCGCGACGCGUGGGUCGCAUCGACGAUAUCCGCGGGGCUACAAGCUCCAGCGAGCCUCGGUGCGGCGGCGGUUGCGGGGACAAGCAACCCGGGUCCAUGUACACCAUGAGUGAAGGUCCAGCCACAGACGCCGAAUGGGCGGAGAAGAUUGCUCAGAUGAAAGAGCAUCUUCCUAAACGAAUGCUCUCUCAACCUCCCAUCCCACUCGCCGUGUACAGGACAAUCGACCACACACUUCUGACGACACCAGUCACCGAGGCCCAAAUCGACAAGCUCUGCCAGGAAGGCCGUGAUUUCGACUUCGCCACCGUCUGCGUCCGUCUCGAAAAUGUUGAGCGUGCAGUUGCGAACCUCAAGGGAAGUACCACGGGUGUUGCGUGUGUAGUUGCGUUUCCCGAAGGCACACACGAGACCGCCGAGAAAGUCCGCGAGGCGAAAGAGGCUGUUUCGAAGGGUGCUACGGAGCUGGAUAUGGUUAUUCAUUAUCGUCUCUUGAAGGAGGGUCGAUAUACCGAGGUCUAUCAGGAUAUUGUUGCUGUGCGCAAAGCGGCGGGACCACCCAUCGUGCUUAAGACUAUCAUUGAGGCGUCUGUGCUGGAUGAAGAUGAGCUUGUGGAUGCUACGAUUGUAUCAUGCAUCGCGGGUGCGGAUUACGUCAAGACCAGUACUGGGUGGGAAGGCGGUGCGUCCACGCAGCAUGUUCUUCAGAUGAGAAUCGCGGCAGACUUGUGCUCAAGAAAUACGAAGAUCAAGGCGAGUGGAGGUCUGCGGACUGCGGAGGAUGUGGUGAAAAUGCUUAAAGCGGGUGCGCAUCGGAUCGGCACUAGUAAUGGGGUGAAGAUCAUGAAUGAGAUUGAUGAGGGGGAGAUUUUGGAGCAGGGUGCUAGUCAUGCUGUUUCCUAG